UUCUUUGUCCGUUUUGUCAGCCGGACUCGAUGUAGCGGUGCAAGUGUUUGUUUAAUUCCGCUCAGUGUUGUUUUACGCUGUGUUGUUUAGCCAGUUAUUUUAAAAUGCAGCAGAGGGAGGAGAAGCAGCUAGAAGCCUCAGUAGAGUCUCUGAUCGCUCGUGUAGCGCAUCUCAAAGGAUCCUUACAGAGUUUCAUUUAUAAACUCGAGAAUGAAUACGAAAGACUUCCAUGGCCAUCAGUGCUGGAUAAUUUUGCCCUUCUCUCUGGGCAGUUAAACACCAUCAACAAGCUUUUAAGAAAUGAGAAAACUCCAUCAUACAGGUCACAGGUCAUCAUACCACUGCUGUUGUCUCCUGAUCGAGAUGAAGAGCUGGCAAAACUGACAGAGCAGCGGGUGCCUGUGUUCAGCCAUGAGAUUGUGCCCGAUCACUUGAGGACCAAACCUGACCCAGAGGUCGAAGAACAGGAGAAACAACUGAGUGCAGAAGCAGUCAGGAUUGGACCUGAGGUUGCACAGAAACAGAUCCAAACAUUGAAUAAACUUUGCUCGAAUCUUUUGGAAAAGUUGAACAAUCCUCGUGAUGACAGAGACUCUGAAACAUCAGCUUUGCGACAAAACAAAGCGUCCUUCAAUCCGGCCGACACUAAUGCUCUGGUGGCAGCGGUGGGCUUUGGAAAGGGUCUGUCAAAGUGUAGACCACCUGGUCCUGUUGCCCCGGGUCACCCUGGACAGCAGAUAAUGUCAGCAGGCCCCACACUGCAGCAGGUCACGAUUGCUGGAACCUCGGGUCAUCAGGCUGGCAUGGGUGGACAGGUCGCUCAGCAGCAGCCUGGACAACCAGGGAAAAUGCCCAGCAACAUCAAGACUAACAUUAAGUCUGCAUCUGCGCAUCCAUACAACCGAUGAGUUCCCUGCAUAAAUGGUGCACUUUGUGAUGAGUGUUUGGUGGCAAAAAAAACAAAG